UCCGGCGAAUGGCGGGCCACGCCCGCGGGUCAACUCGACGAUGCGGCGCUGCAAUCGCUCAACACCGCCAUCAAGGCCGUGGACGAGAAGCGCGAGGUCAAGCUCUACACGUCCAGCACGCGCAGCCUGUUCGGCGACCCGGCCAACCUCUUCGUCGACGGCAAGCUGGUGCUGCCGGGCAACCUUGCCGCCGCGGUGCGCCAGAGCGGCGCGGCGACGCUGCUGCUCGUCACGCGCAGCCGCCAGGAGCCGGCGCUCGCCUCGGCCGUGCCGGCGCGCAUCUACGCCACGCUGGAAGGCCCGGGCUACGUGCUCGACCAACGCCCCGGCGCGCAGAUCGGCUUCGACGGCCAGCCCGAGCUGCCGGUGUUCGUGCCCUACGUGUCCAUCCGCAUCGCGCUGAUCGAUCUCGUCGACAUGCGUCUGCGCCGCGAGCAAUCCAUCGCCGUGGCGGCCCGCCUGCCGGUGGACCGCGCCGCCGCCGCCAACCCCUGGGCCGCGACGACGGCCGAGCAGCGGGUGAAGGCGCUGGCCGACCUGAUCGAGAACGAGCUGCCGCGCGCCGUCAAAGGGCUGAUUGGCGCCGUAGUAGGCCUCGGCGGGCCUGGCGAGCAGGCCGUCGAGGUAGUUCACGUAGGCGCCGCCGCUGCUCCAGGCCUGCAUCGUCGAGCGCAGGCCGUUGGCCCAGGUGGCGGCUUCGUCCAGCACCGAGGCCGCGGUGCCGGCGGGGUGCUCCGCCAGGUACUGCGCGCUGAAGAGGGCGCGGCGGUGCGGGAAGGCGGUGGCCUCCGGCGCGACGCGGGCGAUGGCGCCGCCCAUCAGGUUCAGCAGCGCCGAGCCGGGGCGGCCGCUGUCGCGGCGCUGCUGGAUCGCCUGGCCGAGCGCGGUGAUGCCCGCCGCAUCCAGCGGUGCGUUGAAGAAGUCCGAGCUCGCUGCCAUCGCCACACGCGGCAGCACACCGCUGGCGUUCUGCGCGGGCAGGUGGCAUUGCGCGCGGCUCAGGUUGGCGCAGCUGCCGAGCAUCACGUCGCGGUAGCUGCGGGCGGUCAUCGCCGCGUCCGGCGGCGUGCGGCCGAUGCGCGCGAGCAGGCCGGCCCAGUGCGGUUGCAGCGCGGCCGCGUCGCCGCCGGCGAUGCCCCACAGGUAGGCGCCGUUGCCCGACAACGCCAGCUGCGACCAGACCGUGUCGGGCAGCGUGCGCGGCCAGUCCUGCCAGGCGGCGAACACGGCCGGCAGUUCGGCCAGCGUGAAGCUGGCGCCGAACUGCGACGCCUUCGACCGCGAGAUCAAGGCCGGCAUCGCCGGCAUCGAGGCUUCGCGCCAGGAGCCCGGCGUGCUGCGCCAGGAGGCCACGCGCGGCCACUACAACACCGCCCGCGGCGUGACGCUCGGCCACCCGGACUACGUGAUGAGCGUGGACGAGCGCAUCGCCGACCUGAAGGGCACGACGCUGGACGACGUGAAGCGCUUCUACGCCGACUACUGGUCGACGAACGACGCGCAGGUCAGCGUCGUCGGCGCGCUGCCGGACGGCCUGGCCACGGAGGUGGAGCAGCUCUUCGGCGACUGGAAGAAGCCCGCGGCGCCGAAGUUCGUGCGCCACAUCUCGCAGCACCUGGCCGUGCCGCCGGCACGCUUCGACGCCAUCGCGCGCGACAAGGCCAACGCCAUCGUGCGCCUGCACCAGACGCUGCCGCUGAACAGCGAAGACCCCGACUACGCGGCGCUGGAACUGGCCGUGCAUAUCUUCGGCGGCGGCGGGCUGGAGAGCCGGCUGUCCGAGCGCCGGCCGAGCAGCGUGUGGCUCGGCGAGGCCGACGCGGCGCUCGCGCGGGCCGAGCACCUGAGCGAGUCGCGCGGCGGCUUCGUCGUCGAGAUCGUGGCGGACCCGGGCGUGGGCCGCGAGCAGGGCGAGGGCCUGUGGCGCCAGCAACUGCAGGACGCCGUGGCGAGCGAGCAGGGCCGGCUUGUCGAGUUCCCGCUGCGGCUGGAUGCCGACUACCUGCCGGCGGCGACCUGGCUGCCUUUCGCGACGCGGGCGCGGCUGACGGCGCUGGUGGACCUCUUCGCCGUGAGCCUGGCGCUCAAGGCCAUCGCGGCGGACGGGCAGGCGCGCUGCAUCAACGUGGCGCCGGCGUCACUGGCGGAUGCGAGCUUCUUGCCGCAGUUGCGCGACCUGCUGGGCCAGUGGCCGCAGGCGGCGCGCGCGCUGCUGCUGGACCUGGCCGAGGCUGCGGCGACCGAGCAUUUCGAGCGACUGCUGGAGCUGGGCGUGCAACUGCGGCCGCUGGGCGUGAAGCUGGGGCUGGAGCAUGCCGGCGCCGGGUUGGCGCAGGUGGAGCGGCUGUACCAGGCGGGGCUGGACUACGUGAAGCUGGAUGCGUCCGUGCUGCUCGGCGUGGCCGGGGAGGCGGGGCGCGCGGCGUUCGUGCGUGGCAUGGUCAUCAUGCUGCGCAGCCUGGCGUUGAAGGUCUACGGCGAAGGGGUCGUGGAUGA